AGCUGGAGGCAGUCGGAGCCUGGGUCCUGCAAGUUUAGCCAUGGCGCUCAGCUUCCUCUCCCCGAUCCUUUCCCGCCUCAGCCUGUGGACUUCUGUAGUGCUCUUGAUGGUUAUCGGCCUCAAGCUCCUCAGCCUGCUGUUUCGGAGGCAAAAGCUGGCCAGGGCUCUGGACAGCUUCCCAGGGCCCUCCACACAUUGGCUUUUUGGUCAUGCCCUUGAGAUCCAGAAGUUAGGGGGCCUGGACAAGGUGGUAACCUGGUCUCAAGAGUUCCCCUAUGCCCACCCACUCUGGCUUGGACAGUUCCUUGGUUUCCUGAACAUCUAUGAGCCUGACUAUGCUAAAGCUGUGUACAGCCGAGGGGACCCGAAGGCUGCAGAUGUGUAUGACUUCUUCCUCCAGUGGAUCGGGAGAGGCCUACUGCUUCUGGACGGUCCAAAAUGGUUCCAGCACCGCAAGCUGCUCACACCUGGCUUCCAUUAUGAUGUGUUGAAGCCCUAUGUAGCCAUAUUUGCUGAGUCCACAAAUAUGAUGCUGGACAAGUGGGAGAAAAAGGCUAGUGAAAAUAAAAGCUUUGACAUCUUCAGUGACGUAGGCCACAUGGCGCUGGACACCCUCAUGAAAUGCACCUUUGGCAAAGGAGACAGCGGCCUAGGCCACAGCGACAAUAGCUACUACCUGGCAGUCAGUGACCUCACACUGCUGAUGCAGCAGCGCAUCGACUCCUUCCAGUACCAUAAUGACUUCAUUUACUGGCUCACACCACAUGGUCGCCGCUUCCUGCGGGCCUGCCAGACAGCCCAUGACCACACAGAUCGGGUCAUCAGGCAGCGGAAGGCAGCCCUGCAGGAUGAUAAAGAGCAGAAAAAGCUUCAGCAGCGGAGACACUUGGACUUCCUGGACAUUCUCCUGGGGGCCCGGGAUGAAAGUGGGAUCAAGCUGUCAGAUGCAGACCUCCGGGCUGAAGUGGACACAUUCAUGUUUGCAGGCCACGACACCACCACCAGUGGUAUCUCUUGGUUUUUCUACUGCAUGGCCCUCUACCCUGAGCACCAGCAGCGGUGUAGGGAGGAGGUCCGUGAAAUCCUAGGAGACCAGGACUCCUUCCAGUGGGAUGACCUGGCCAAGAUGACCUACCUGACGAUGUGCAUCAAGGAGUGCUUCCGCCUCUACCCACCGGUACCCCAGGUGUACCGCCAGCUCAGCAAGCCGGUCACCUUUGUGGAUGGACGUUCUCUACCUGCAGGCAGCCUGAUCUCUCUGCACAUCUAUGCCCUCCAUAGGAACAGUGCUGUGUGGCCUGACCCAGAGGUCUUUGACCCACUGCGCUUUUCUCCUGAGAAUACGACAGGCCGGCAUCCCUUUGCCUUCAUGCCUUUUUCUGCAGGGCCCAGGAAUUGCAUCGGGCAGCAGUUUGCCAUGAACGAGUUGAAGGUGGUCACAGCCCUUAGUUUGCUGCGCUUUGAAUUCUCUCCAGACCCUUCCAAGGUCCCCAUUAAGGUCCCCCAGCUGAUCUUGCGCUCCAAAAAUGGCAUUCACCUCUACCUGAAGCCACUUGGCUCUGGGUCUAGAAAGUAGGUCUUCAGAGAACAAGGCCUGGGCAGCACAGGCUGGGUUUUUUCCUGGGACAUUGCCCUCCUAGAAUGAAUAUGGAGUCACUGUGGAUCCAUACCUGUGCGGGGCUUUGGAGAUAAAAGCAUGGACGUUGACAGUCUCCUGGAAGACAUUCUCUUAUAAACAUGUGUGUGGGAUGACUCAAUGCCUGGGCUCUAGAACUCAGUCCUUUAAUCCACACACAUUUGCUGCAUAUUUGGCUGCCUUGAGAAACUUCAUUUAUUUCUCAUAACUGCAUUUAUUUAACUGUCUCAGUGUGCAUUUGGAAUAUGAUGGACAUAAGGAAGAUUGCUUAAACUAAAUAUGUACAAAAUAAAUAAUACUUUAAAAAGCAAA